AUGGCGAGUGCGGAGAAUUUAAUGGCGGGAUUUUUGCCUGAAUAUUUUUAUACUUUUGUGGAGGAAUUAGAUGAGCAUCCCUGGUUAUUUUCGGCUCUCGCAUCAGUUCUGGUCGGUUUGAGUGGAAUCUUGCCUCUACUGAUCAUACCCAUCGAUGAAACUGCAAACUUUAAAGACGGCGCUGGUGCUGCAACUCUUCGUAUCUUAUUGAGUUUCGCGGUGGGCGGUCUACUUGGAGAUGUGUUCCUUCAUCUGCUGCCUGAAGCAUGGCAUCAUGAUAUGAUGAAUAGUAAAGGUGGCGAGGUAUCUAUGAGAUGUGGUAUAUGGGUGCUCGUUGGUAUGCUGGUGUUCGUGAUAGUUGAGAAGCUGUUCGCCAGCUCCGAGGAAGAGGAACAUAAGGUCGAGGCCGUGGAGAUAGAAGACAUUGAGCUGUUAUUACAAGCACAGAAGAAACAGAAGAACGGGUCAAUGACCGACAGACAGAUGAUGGAGACUUGCGUGUUCAAUAAUAAUACUAAAGGUGAUCCAGUAUGUUGCAGCGGUGUGUCCAGCUGUGGCUACAAGGGUUCAAGGUGGAUGGGCCGCUGUCUGCUGAGAGAGGCGCGCGAGAAGACUCUGAUGAACAAACAGAAGAACGACAAGAAAGAUGUUGCUGGUUAUUUGAACCUAAUGGCAAACUCCAUAGACAACUUCACACACGGCCUGGCUGUCGGCGGGUCCUUCCUUGUGGGAUUCAGAGUCGGCCUGCUAACUACCUUCGCUAUACUCGUGCAUGAGAUUCCUCACGAGGUGGGUGACUUCGCCAUAUUACUGAAGAGCGGCUUUUCUAGGUGGGAGGCGGCCAAGGCGCAACUUGCGACAGCCGCGGCCGGCCUGGUGGGAGCUAUGACAGCGGUUGUGUUUAGUGGAGCUAGCAACGCUAUUGAGGCCCGUACAUCAUGGAUAGCCCCGUUCACAGCGGGCGGGUUCCUACACAUAGCGCUAGUGACGGUUCUGCCCGAUCUACUCCGGGAAAACGAACUGGCAGAGUCUGCCAAGCAUCUGGCUGCGCUACUGGCGGGAGUGGCGCUUAUGGCUGGGCUUAACCACUACUGUGGAUGA